AUGCUAAAAAUUCUUAUUCCCACCCUCAUACUAAUCCCCACCACAUGACUAUCACCCUCAAAAUGAACUUGACAAUCAACUACCUUUAAUAGCCUUCUAAUUGCAGCAGCAAGCCUAAUAUGGAUAAAGAAGCCAGAAACCACAGGCUGAACUAACCUUUCCUCCACUAUAGCUACAGACCCUUUAUCCAGCCCCCUCCUAGUCCUCUCUUGCUGACUUCUUCCCCUCAUGAUUCUUGCCAGUCAGAACCACAUGUCAUCUGAGCCCCUUCAUCGGCAGCGACUCUACAUCUCACUAAUAAUUAUCCUGCAGUCCUUCCUAAUCUUAGCCUUUAGUGCAACAGAAGUUAUUAUAUUCUACAUUAUAUUUGAAGCAACUCUAAUCCCCACACUAUUUUUAAUUACCCGAUGAGGCAACCAGGCGGAACGACUUAACGCAGGCACCUACUUCCUCUUCUACACCCUUGCAGGAUCUCUCCCUCUACUAGUAGCCCUUCUCUUACUUCAAAACGCAACAGGAUCCCUCUCCAUGCUCACCCUCCAAUACACAAAACCUCUUCUCAUCUCUUCAUAUGCAAGCAAUCUAUGAUGAGCAGCCUGUCUAAUUGCAUUUCUAGUGAAAAUACCACUAUACGGCGUACACCUUUGACUUCCCAAAGCGCACGUAGAAGCACCAGUCGCCGGCUCUAUGAUCCUAGCCGCUGUUCUACUGAAGCUAGGGGGCUACGGAAUGAUACGAGUACUUGUCCUCCUUGACCCACUUACGAAAGAACUUAGCUACCCUUUUAUCAUCUUAGCACUCUGAGGUGUAAUCAUAACGGGCUCCAUCUGCUUACGCCAAACGGACCUGAAAUCGUUAAUCGCCUACUCAUCAGUAAGCCAUAUAGGCCUGGUAAUCGGCGGUAUUCUCAUUCAAACACCAUGAGGCUUUACAGGAGCCCUCGUUCUAAUAAUUGCCCAUGGACUAACCUCCUCUGCCCUUUUUUGCUUGGCAAACACUAACUACGAACGAACCCACAGCCGAACAAUAGUCUUAGCCCGGGGCUUGCAAAUGGCCCUCCCAUUAAUAGCAACAUGAUGAUUUAUUGCCAGCCUUGCUAACUUAGCUCUUCCCCCACUCCCCAACCUCAUAGCAGAACUUAUAGUUAUCACAAGCUUAUUCAAUUGAUCAUGAUGGACCCUAGCCCUCACAGGAAUGGGAACCCUAAUCACCGCCGCUUACUCCCUUUACAUAUUUCUCAUAACUCAGCGAGGACAACUACCCGCCCACAGCAUCGCCCUCCCCCCCUCCUACUCGCGAGAACACCUACUCAUUACCCUUCACCUUCUCCCCCUUCUUAUCCUCAUUACUAAGCCAGACCUAAUCUGGGGAUGGCUAAACUA